UGCCAAACUUCCCUGCGGCUCCCGGUCCUCCGUACGUACUUCCGUUGCUCUGACGCUCCCAGAAGCCGGGGCGUCGGGAAGGAGAGCGCGAAUUCCCCUUCCUCUGCGCCUCCCGAGGAGAAACUGGAGCGGGGUUCACGAGACUGCGCCGCAGUGGGCGCGGCGCGGAGCCGGGUGCCCUGCGCAAGGGUGCGGGUCCAGCGGGCAGCGGCGCCGGCCUCGGACCAGCGACUCCGGGGAGGGCGGGCUGCCGCCGGGAGGAGUCCGAGGGCGCCUCAGCCAACCCGAACGCCUUUCCCUUCUGCUUCGCGGGGCGUCCCCGCACCCAUACCCGCAGCUCCAGGCUUGUCACUUCUGCGCACCGCCUGGAAGGGGGACCCGACCGGGAGCGCUGCGGGGAGUCGUCGAGGAGGAUGCCCGGGUGUUGGCCCUAUUCCCAGCUGCUUGCCGGCGCUGGCGAGAAAGGCAGUCGGGAUAACACCGCCCAAACUUUCCUUCGCGGCAGCGUCGGGACGAAGCAUCCCUCUGUGAGGUUCGCCGAGAGCCGGAGCUAAGACUCCAAGCGCCCGGAGGGGACAGGGCCGAGCCUGCGCCGGAGGGCGCGCACGGAGUUCCCGGGAGCCCUAGAGGUGCCCUAAGGGACAGGACUAGUCGCCGGUGUGCGCCCAGGCGUAGGGAGGUCCAGUGGGCGCAGCGUCUCCUUUCCUGCGCUCCUCACUGACCGUGACCUCUGCGCGCUGCCCGCGCACGUGCUCGCGGCCGAGGAAGAGGAAGGUCCAGCUGAACCCGCUGCGGGGUAGGGGGCAGGGACUCGUGGACAGGCCCAGGGCGCAUGGAGGCGCCGCGGGGGCGGUGCGGCCCACCAGCGGCGCGGGGGAGCGCGCACGCUGAGCCCCGGUCUCCCCGGGGACCGGAGCGGCAGCUCCCCGCACUUCCUGCCGCGGGGCUCGGGGCCGCGGGUGGCCACUGCGAGCGCAGCGCCGGCUGAGUGUUGUGCCCGGCGGUGCUCCUGGGCCCCCGUGCGGCGUGGGGCGAACAGGCGGCAGGACAGGUGUAACCCGCAGACGCGGGCGCCGCACUCCGAAGGACUGGGUGGGCUCGGCUGGCCGGGAGUUGGCUCGCGGGGCGCGGAACUCCGGUGCUCACCACGCAGGCCAAUCAGCGCAGCACUUGGCACUGCCGCGGCCGGAGCCUCGGGCCGCCAGUCCGGGUGAAGGAAGUGCUGGCGGAACCCGCGAUCCUGAUGCCCGCUGCCCGCGGCGGGCCCCGCUCCGGCCCCGGGACGUAGGCAGCUGCGCGCGGCCGCCGCCGGCGCCUCCCCCAUGCUGCUCGGAGCAUCCUGGCUGUGCGCGUCCAAGGCGGCCGCCGCUGCUGCGCAGAGCGAGGGCGACGACGACAGGCCGGGUGAGCGGCGGCGGCGGCGGGCGGCGGCCACGGCGGCGGCGGCGGCGGGCGAGGACAUGGACGAGUCGUCGUUGCUGGACCUGCUGGAGUGCUCGGUGUGCCUGGAGCGCCUGGACACCACGGCCAAGGUGCUGCCGUGUCAGCACACUUUCUGCCGCCGCUGUCUGGAGAGCAUCGUGUGCUCGCGCCACGAACUGCGCUGCCCUGAGUGCCGCAUCCUGGUGGGCUGCGGCGUGGACGAGCUGCCCGCCAACAUCCUGCUGGUGCGCCUGCUGGACGGCAUCCGCCAGCGGCCCCGCGCUGGCGCCAGCCCCGGCGGUAGCCCGCCAGCGCGCCCCGGCCCCGGCUCCGGCUCGGGGGCGGCCUCGGCGCUCGUGGGUGGCGGGGGCAGCGCGGCGGGCAGCGCCCCCGGCUCCCCAGUCUUCCUCCCUGCGGCGGCCGGCAGCGCCACCGCCAGCCUGCGCGAGCUGGCGACCAGCAGGAGCGCGCCCGUGGCAAAGACUCUUUCCCAGCUUCCCUAUGGGAAGGCACUCUACAGUUACGAGGGGAAAGAACCCGGCGACCUCAAGUUCAGCAAGGGCGACAUCAUCAUCCUGCGGCGCAGGGUGGACGAGCACUGGUACCAUGGGGAGCUGCACGGGGCACACGGCUUCCUGCCCGCCAGCUACAUCCAGUGCGUCCGGCCCUUGCCGCAGACCCCGCCCCAGGGCAAAGCACUUUAUGAUUUCGAGAUGAAGGACAGAGACCAGGACAAGGACUGUCUGACCUUCACCAAGGACGAGAUCCUGACCGUUAUCAGAAGAGUGGAUGACAACUGGGCAGAAGGCAUGCUGGGAGACAAGAUUGGGAUUUUCCCCUUGCUAUAUGUGGAGCUCAACGACUCAGCCAAGCAGCUCAUUGAGAUGGACAAGCCAUGCCCAGCGGCUGCGUCUGGCUGCCAUGCCCCCUUGCCCUCUGACCCUGGCGCGGCAUCCAGUGUGCCCCCAGGACCCACAUUAAGCAGCACGGGGGCGGUCAGUGCCUUUCAGCGGCGUGUGGACAGCAAGAAGAAUGCCAAGAAGCGCCACUCCUUCACCGCGCUCAGUGUGACACACAAGUCCUCCCAAGCCACAAGCCACAGGCACUCCAUGGAAAUCAGCGCUCCCGUCUUGAUCAGCUCCAGCGAUCCCCGGGCCGCAGCCAGAAUCGCAGACCUGGCUCAUCUGUCCUGCAGUGCUCCUGCCCAGGACUCCUCUUCCUCGGCCGGACCCGCCCCAGCAACUGAACAGCAAAGCACAGCUCCCAAAGUCCAGCUGCCCCUCAACGUGUACCUGGCGCUCUAUGCUUACAAGCCCCAGAAGAACGAUGAACUGGAGCUGCGGAAAGGCGAGAUGUACCGGGUCCUAGAGAAGUGUCAGGAUGGCUGGUUCAAGGGGACGUCCCUGAGGACUGGGCUGUCUGGGGUGUUCCCAGGAAACUACGUGACACCCGUCUCCAGGGCUCCUAUAGGAGGGGCUGGGCCACCCCGGAAUAAUGUCGUUGGAGGGUCUCCGCUGGCCAAAGGGAUGGCCACAACCAUCCACCCAGGUGGUGGAAGUCUGAGCAGCCCAGCCACUGCCACAAGGCCGGCCCUUCCCCUCACCAUCCCCCAGGCCCAGCACCAGGCAGCUUCUCCCCCGAUGAGCAGUUGCCUGCGGCACACAGCCCAGCCAGCCACCAGCCAAGCCCGGGGCACUGUCCCCACAGCUGCCCACUCCUCAGCCCAGGCCCAGGACCGACCAACGGCCACCGUGUCGCCCCUGCGCACCCAGAACUCCCCAUCCCGCCUGCCCGCCGCCAGCCUCAGGCCCCACUCAGUGGUGUCCCCGCAGCACGUGCACCAGCCUCCCGUGCAGACGGUCAUCGGGGCCCCGUGCCCCCGACCAGCCAUCCCGCUCACAUCCGCAGCGUCCGCCGUCACACCUCCCAAUGUCAGUGCCGCCAACCUCAACGGGGAGGCCGGAGGGGGGCCUGCCAGUGGCCUGUCAUCGUCCAGCCCCACCAACACCGGAUGCAAACCAGAUGACAAGAAAAAUGAAAAGAAAGAGAAGAAGAGUGGGCUGCUGAAGCUUCUCGCUGGGGCAUCCACCAAGAAGAAAUCUCGCUCCCCACCGUCCAUCUCUCCAACCCAUGACCCCCAGGUGGCAGUGGACACCUCACUCCAGGGUGCAGUGGGGCCCGAAGUGUCCUCGCUGUCCAUCCAUGGCAGGGCAGGGUCCUGCCCCAUAGAGAGCGAGAUGCAAGGUGCCGUGGGCAUGGAACCACUGCACAGAAAGGCGGGCUCCUUGGAUCUGAACUUCUCCUCAUCCCCCUCCAGGCAAGCACCUCUCUCCAUGGCUGCCAUUCGUCCUGAGCCCAAGCCUUUGUCCAGGGAGAGGUACCGCGUGGUGGUCUCGUAUCCUCCCCAGAGUGAGGCGGAGAUUGAGCUGAAGGAAGGCGACAUUGUCUUUGUGCACAAGAAGCGGGAGGACGGCUGGUACAAGGGGACCCUGCAGAGGAACGGCCGCACCGGUCUCUUCCCGGGCAGCUUUGUGGAGAGCUUCUGAAGACACGCUCCCCACACCCCGCUCCCCAGGCACGAAGGCUCCCCGAGAUCCCCAGGGGGCAGAGAGAGGCAGUCAGGCCACGGAGGGUCCAGGUCCCUUUCGAGGCUCCUGGCGAGGCCACCCUGGACGGGGACGGGAGCCGGGGGAUGUGGAGGUCGUGCCUUUGCCCACAACCCCCCACCAAGAGCACACCCUGGGGGUCAUUCUCCGACAAAAUGCUUCCCUCUGCGUAAACUGUAAAGAAAUAUCUUUGAAAAGAGAAGCUGCUGAUGCGGGUCGAUUGGCUCUGUGAUGGACUGCUAAGCGGCAGCAUUCUUGUUUGCUGCCCACACGAGCCUGGAAGCUGCGGAAGGGCUGCAGGGCUUGGGUGGCGGGCACGGGGCCCAGGGCAUCGGCAGAAUGUCUUGACGAGCUGCCCUGGGCUUCUCGUGGGGGGUCCAGAUUGCUCCAUCACCUCUCUAUAUACCUCAGUCGCCUGCCACCUGGCCACUCAGCAGGGGUGUUCCCGGCGCAGGGCCUUGGCCGGGUGGCCAGCGUCCCUGGGGCAGCCCAGCACACAAUUCCUGUUGGAGGCACGAGAUCGCACUUGGCUUUGUCUCCUACCCAUAUUAUAAGCCACACGUUUCAUUUUGCCGCCACUGUCCCUUUGCAUUGCUUCUUUCUUACAACAUCUUUUUAAAGUAAAGCUGUUAGACUUUCUAUAUUUCUAAUAGGUCAUACAUUGCCUAUUUUUCAUACAUCUGGUGCUGCCUUUUUGUAAAACCAGUUUUGACUUGGUUGAGCUUGAAAGAAAAAAAUGAGCUGAUAUCAAGUGGGCAGAAUUUUUAUAUGUACCAUGUGAAUUUUGGAAAACUCUGAAAAGCCCACAUACUUAACAUCAGUGCUGGCUACUGGUCUGUGAAGAAGAGGGAACCCAUUUAAGUGGUUGGAGGGAGUUUGGAAAAAGCCAAUUUCUUUAAACCCUUACCAAAGCCCCAUGCUAUGUCUAGACAGUGGUAAUUAUUAUUCAAGAACGGGAACCAUUUCAAGGAAGGGUCACUAUAAUUGCCUUUUGUGUGGCAGUAAAAAGAACAUGAAGGUCAACCCCAGCCUAGGAAGGCAGAAUUUUCCUUUUAUUGCUUUAGAGAAAAUGACUACAAUUAGCAUUAUCAAAAUAUGAUUUCUCAGUACUGAAACGUGCAGUUUUCAACCACAGUUCAGAUUUACCACCUUGUGACGGUUUCGUCUUUUUUUUUUUUUAAAUAAAUGCUUCCCUAUCAGGCAGUACAAAUGUUGGUCUAGAGACUGGAAGUACAAUGAGGAGAAAAGGGAUUUGAGCCAUUGCUGCAGACUUGCAGAAUCCAAGGGAGCCGGGAGGAGAGAGAGGGGAAGGGGCACCUUUGAUCCUGGGACCUUGCCCUGGACGGGGUCCAUCAAGGCCUCUUCCUGAGCCCAGCAGCCCAGCCCUCCCACAGACACGGAUGGGAGAAGCCCUGUCAUGAGGCAGUCUCGUUCUCAAGAGAGUCAGACCUUAAGGAUAGGAAUGUUCCUAUCAGCUCAAAGUCACAAUUCAUAAGCCCCUUCUCUCUUUACUGUUACAAAGCCACUCAAGUUUAAAUUAGGCUGACUAAAUUAGCCUUUGGUAACAUAGGAUCGCCUGGUUUUCAAAGAUGCAACAAAAUCCAGAAACAUUCCCUCGCUUGAUGCCAAAUACCCUCUGAAAUACCAAACACUUAUUUUCAGAGUUCCUAAUUUGGGGAUGUGACUUGGCUAUCUGUUACCUCCAGGUGGCUACCAUGCUGGUGGGGUCACGCCUAGACAAAGGCUCUUCUCCUCUCUCCAGAUGAUCAUAGAUUUAAGAGACUUGAGAAAUUUGUUCUGAAUCAAAGAAACACAAAAUCCAGCUUAAACCCAGGGAGCCCUGGACAUGAGUUAAUGACAACCAGAAGGUAUCCACUUGCCAUUGAUGCCAAAUGAGUCACCUGCCAGGCACAAAAAUCAUGUGCGUGUUUAAAAUAAUGCCAUCACCAAAAAUGUGCAUGGAUUAACAUGCGGAGUGAGACACGGGUUCCCCAGGGAGACCAGAACUAACUCAAAUCCCCAGAUAAUAAGGAAAGCUUUUUUAAAAACAUGAAGGCAGUUACCAAGCAACAAAACAGACUAACUUGGACCUUAUUUCCUCUCCCAGCCACCGCCCACACGAUGCUCGUGGUAGGUGGGAAUCGCUGAACAGCCUAGUGAGGCAGCAGCAACCAGCACCCCUCACGGCAGAGAGCUGGGGCCAGCGUCCAGUGCCUUUGCAAGGCAUCAGCUGGCCUCUCUUGUGGCAGAGUUGGGGCAGGCAUUGGUAUGACCUCGGGAAGGAAACAAGGCCAUACGCCAACCAUCACCAGGACAUCCUUUGGGGUGGGACUCCCAGACAGCAGGGAAGUGCACGACCAGCCCCCACACUCUGGGCUGCUGGCAAACACAUCCCGCCAAAUUCAUCAGCCUUCAUGACCAUUUAGCCCACAGACAAGAGCAGGAGCAGAAUUAGACCCUUUGGGCCAACUUGCCCUGAAGAACAAACUCAUUUUGGCUACUAAGAUGAAACCAGCACCUUGUCUGAACCCUCACAUUCUACCCUGGCCCAGCAACUUACACUUCUUGGUUAUCAGUGGCAUUUGGCAGCCAAGGUGACUCACUUUGGGGAAUGCAGUAGAGUCCAUAGCCACCACUGAGGUCAGCGGACACUGAAAUGACGGGGAUAUCUGGUCCACCAAAGGGCCUCAGAAGUGGAGUGGGGAGACCGUGGGCAAAUAAUUCCCUGGCAGCCUCACUGUGUGAAUACCAGGCUCUGGCACCCCAAACAAGCUCAGCUGCCUGGCUGGGAAGUUCUUUGUACUUUGCACAGUUCACACACACACACACACACACAUACACACACACCGAUGUUUUUGUUAUACACAAAUGUCAGCGUGUGAUUUUGGAAGAACUGACAGUGACGACAAACUAUGAUGCCUGUGUUUCUGAGUCUUUAAAUAAAAAUGAACAUGGA